AACAAAGUCCAGGAGAUGUUUGGCGAAUCUGCUCGAGCCUUGUGCAAGAGGAAGAGGAACGAGUUUAAAUCGGGUAGCGUAGCUAUGGCAAGCGUCGACAAAGGAAAAUCAACUAAAAAGCAGAAAUACGACAGACAGCUCAGAUUAUGGGGUGAUCAUGGCCAGGAUGCGCUGGAAAAUGCCCACGUUUGUCUGAUCAACGCUUGUGCAACAGGGACAGAAAUACUGAAGAAUCUGGUACUUCCAGCAUUCACCAUUGUGGAUGGUCAUAAAGUCAGUGGAGACGAUGCUGGAAAUAACUUCUUUCUUACUAAGAGCAGCAUUGGCAGGAAUCGGGCUCAGGCUGCCACAGAACUAUUACAGGAGCUCAACAACGAUGUGUCUGGAAAUUUUGUGGAGGAGAGUCCGGAUAAGCUCUUGGACAACGACCCUGACUUUUUCUGUAGGUUUAGCUUGGUGAUUGCAGUUCACUUACCUGAAAGUACAAUAUUGUGUUUAGCUGCUUUUUUGUGGGGUGCUGGAGUGCCACUUCUGGUCUGCAGGACGUAUGGGCUCAUUGGGUAUAUGAGACUGGUGGUGAAAGAGCACACAGUCGUAGAAUCCCACCCAGACAAUGCACUUGAGAAUCUAAGGCUGGAUCAUCCAUUUCCAGAACUCAAAAAGCACAUUCAGUCAUAUGCCUUGGAAAAUAUGGAAAAAAGGGAUCAUAGCCAUACGCCUUGGAUCAUCGUGAUGGCGAAGUAUCUGGAAAAAUGGCGCAGUGAGCACAAUAGCAGAUGCCUAAGAGCUAUACAGAAAAAGAAGCUUUUCGAGAACUUAUUUGACAAGGAAUUCGUAAAAAUGAGAGUGGAGAAUUUUGAUGAAGCCAUAAAAAAUGUCAACACUGCUUUGAACCCUACAAAUAUUUCAAGUGGAGUUGACGAACUCUUGCAGGAUGAGAACAGUAAAAACAUCAAAGCCCAGGUGUUUAUAAACCAAGUUGAAGAAGACAUUGGGAAGCUCAAGUCUUGUGUGAACAGUCUUCUUCAAGAGAAUGGCCUUGUUGUAAAUGUAAAAGACGAUUACAUCCAUGAAUUCUGUCGUUAAGGUGCUGUGGAACCACACACAGUUGCAUCAUUUGUGGGAGGAUCUGCUGCCCAGGAAGCCAUCAAAAUAAUUACUCAUCAGUUUGUACCCUUCAAUAACACUUUUAUUUACAAUGCAAUGGCACAGGCAUCUGCCACGUUCCAGUUGUAUAGCGAAGCUGCUGCACUAAAACACUGUACACGUUGUAUAACCUCCUGUAAGAUAUUGGAACAUACCUGUUUAGUGUUGCUAUAAAAAAAAAAAAAAAAAAAAAGAAAAACAAACAUAAUAAGUUAUCCUUGUGGCUCUUUGUGCCUGUGUGUUUUUUACUUGGAUUUUUUUUUUUUUAGCUUUUUCAAUAAUUUCCUGGACAUCAAAUCUUAGAAUAAAAAAAAUAAAAAAUGAUGUUCAAUACUUUUUGUUUGCUGUGUAAUCCAUCUGUGACAGCAGUACAUUAAACUAUAACUAUAAUAUAUAUAAUUAAUUAUUUUUGGCCUGUUGACUUAUAAAAAAGUAAAACCCACUACAGAGUGGCAAAUUUAUCUGCCAGCAGAGCAUUCACCUUACACUACUUUAAUCAAAUCUUGGAAUGAAGUUUGCUAUAAUAGUUGUAUGUCCUGCUGCCUAUCUAUGUUGCCGUUUGUAACAGUUGCACUGAAAACCUGAUGUAAUACAAGCAAUUCUGCAAGUGAAGUUAUUCGCUUUCCUUGUAGGUUAAGUUUCAAUAGAUUUUUGAUCUUGCCCUGUUUCAGGAUAAAAAUCUUUUUUUUUUUCUCCCUGGGUUAAUGGGUGCCAUUUUUUUAUUAGUUGGUAAAGUGCUUAGUUUAGAACCACAAGGUUUGAUUUCCAACAUUUAACAGCUGUUUCAUCCUUACUCCUCACACCCAGAAGACAUUAAGCCCUGUGCCUCCCAUGUCCUGAUCUGUUUUGUAAGCUUGUUUUUGUUGUUUGUGGGGGUGGGCGUAGUAACAGAAUUUGAAUACCUCAUUGUAUGCCUGACAAACGAUAGCCAAUCCAGCUCUACCUUUUUGGGCGUGAUCAAGUUUGCAAUUUUCAUUGGAGCACAGAGGCGAAAUAGAACCAGAUAAAACGUAAUGAGAAAGCAAUACUUAUCAGCAGAGGGGAUAGGAUUAGACUUGUCAGAAGACACAAAUCAUAGCAAGUACAGUACUGUGCUGUGAUGUGUAAUUUGCUUCAUUUGAAAAAGUUAAAGGACCAAAUCUUGUACAUGUGGCAUAGUUCUGUAGCUAAAGUAGUAGUAAAUAUACAGUUCUGUGUUCUGACAGCCCAGCUGAGAAUUAUUGCAAUAUGUGUUUAUAACAGAUUAAAAAAAGACAACGCUUUUCUGUGUGUUGUUGUAUUUCAAUUUGACAUUGCUUUUCAUAAAUGUCUUUUUUUUUUCUAGCACUUGUUUAUUGUGGACUGCUGCUUAAAAUGGACAAAAGGCUUUGUCUCUGUGUCCACAUUAGGAGUAUACUGCAUUACGCGUCUUGCAUAUCGUUUACAAAAUAAUAUGCGCACAGUCACUCGUUGUGCUGUUGAGAUGCUUGUUUUCCAGGCUUUAUUUUCUCCUGAUACUCUGGUACAAAAAAAAAAAUAAUUUGUCCGGUCACAAUGCUGUAAGGCACUUCCUGUGCUACAGGUAAUAGCACCCUGCCUGACCCUAUUACCUGUAACACACAAAACCUUUUCUAGUCUGGGAGGGGAAAUGGGUUAAAGAUGAGGAAUGUUUUUAAAAUUUGGUUAUUAUCUCCCAGUUUGUGAGAAAAAAACAAAAUAAACCACAAUUAUUCAUUGCACAACUGGUGAUUGACAGUCCCUUUUGUGAUCUGUACAGAUUUUACGUAGGUUUGGCGAAGCUGCAGGGCACAGAACCUCGCCUGUGGUUUAUGUAACAUUUCAAAUAUCAACACUCGUCCAAAAAAGAACUUUAAUGCCGUAUAUUACAGGAGAAAAUAAGAACUCCGAAAACAUUAAAAAGGGAUCUUUUUUUUUUUUUUUUAAUGGUGGUAUGGCAAUACUCACAAUAAUUUGAAGGAAACCUAACAUGCCUUUUUUUCAUAGGCUUAUGCCAUAUGAACCUUCAUAAAUAAGCAAAACCUAUUUUUAAAACUAUGGGGAACUAUCCACAUAUGUGCCAAAGAUUACCAACCUUAACUCCGUUAACUGCAGAAUGAUUUACCAUCCUGGAAAUAUCUCUUGGCAAACUAUUUUUUGCAUAUUGGAAAGUUCAAAACCUGCACGUAAACAAUGUCACAUAUUAUUAUACAAUUACUCUUUUCACAGGUUUCUUAAGACCUUUGAGGCAUUGAGCAGCAAUGAAUCAACGUUGAAACUUGAAAGGCCACAAUGCAACAUACCGAUUAAAGGUGUUGCCUCCUCUUGAAAUUUUAAAUGAGUCUGUACUCUUGUUAGCUCAUAAGCUAAAUAUCAGAUCUGAAGGUGUUUCCCAUAUCGGCUGGCCAUACUGCUGCUGUGGAAGUAAACAAACCGAAAUGAAAGUUGAUACCUACAGUUAAGAUCUGUUGUGUGUAGCUAGAUCAAAAUGCUUAGGCCCUCAGUUUGAUUCAGUUAUCGGUUUGAAUCAUAGCUCAAAAGCACUAUGGAUAUAGUCCUCGAGAACAUUUGCCCACAGGUUGUUGCCUCCACUUGACUUGUUCCAUUGCUCUGCAUUUUUUCACAAAACAGCCUGAAUGACAAUAUGUUGGGGGGACUGAAAUCUUAAAAUGCCCAGGCAAUCUAUAUGAAUUGUUGGCAAGAUUUUUUUUUUUUUUUUUUAAUUCAAUUGGCAGCUUUCCAUGUGUAAUAAAGCUUGUCUUUGUGUUAUUUCACUUGUAGUUUGUUUUGUUAGUAGCAGGUUUCUCAUGCCCUGGCAAACUCGAUUGGCAGGAAUUAACCUUUUCAAU